AAACCAGCGCCAGUUGGCUGUUAGCAUACAGGCUAACAUGCAUGUUGCAGUUAUCUGACAGGUGAUAGAGGAAUAAUUGAGUUUAAUAGUGGAGGUGCCGAAGCAAAGACAGCAGUGAACCUUUGAGUGAUUUAUUAGGGUACUGUUUUUUCAAGGUGGUGAAUUACAGUGUUGAAUAAAGAUGUGGAGCUCAGGCCGCCGUGUCCUUCAGGAUCUGUUCAUCCAGCCGGCUGUCAGGAGUUUCUCUCUGAGUCCUGCUCAGAACACAGUUGUGGUGGAGCGCUGGUGGCAGGUGCCUUUAUCUAAAGUAGGAAGUCCGCCGAGGCUUCACCCUCGAAGACACAGAAUCUACAAGUUGGUUGAAGACACCAAAAACUCUCCGCAAGAGAAGAUGGAGCUCAUCCUGACUCAGACAGUACCCAAGCUCGGUGGGCGAGGGGACACUGUGUUAGUGAAAAAGUCCAUAGGCAGAAACAAGCUGUUGCCCCAAGGUCUCGCAGUGUAUCCAUCACCGGAGAACAAAAAGAUAUUUGAAGAGGAGUUAAGACUUCUGCGUGAGGGAAAGCCAGAGGAAAGACAACAAACACGCACCGGACUGUUGACAGUGGAGCUCCUUAAACGCACUACGUUGAGGAUACAGAGAGUGCCCUCAGAUGAAUUCCAGGUCACCAAAGAAGUCGUCUGCAGACACUUUCAAAAGAGGCUGGGAAUUGUUGUGCCAACUCGCACACUGACACUCCCAUUCGAGUCAGUCAAGGACUUGGGUGACUACUGGUGUGAAGUUACGGUUAAUGGAUUAGACACAGUUCGCAUUCCCAUGUCAGUGGUGCCAUAUGAGGACCCGUCUGCAAGUUAUAAGCGGCAGCUGAAAGCACAGAGGCUGCAGCAGGAGCAGGCGACCGCAGAUCUGUCAGAAGCGGCUGCUGAGGAGGAAGCUGCUGUGAAGGCAGUUUCUGGUGCAUCAGUGGAAGCUGAAGCAGGGAAAGACUCUGUGAGUCAAGUCAGUGAAGCCGCAGACUUGGCAGGCGUCUCUGCUGCUGAAGAUGAAACGGCAGCGAGUACAGAGACGAGUCAAGACACAACAGCACCACCAAGUGACAGCCCGAAAAAAGAGUAAAGGACUCCAAAUGAAGAUGUGCAUAGAACUACAAAUGGAUCUUGUUUACCUGUAAUACACAUUAUACAUGCAUAAAAA